AUGAAUUUAGAGGAUAACGAUGAAGAUUGCACAAUAUAUAUAGAAGAACUUAAAUCUGAUGAUCCCAAUCUUAAGAUCAAUGCAGUUAGCAAAAUAACUUCUAUCGCUGAAAUAUUAGGUCCUCGUAGAGUGAGAGAAGAAUUGAUACCUUACAUUAUUGAAAUAAUAGAGGAAUUAGAUAACGAAGAUGAAUUUUUAAUUAAGCUUGCAGAACAAAUACUUUUGUUAAACGACUUUAUUGAUGGAAAAGAGCAUUCUCAUUUAUUAAUUUCUCCUUUAGAAUUACUCUCAUCUAUGGAAGAAAAUUCUGUCAGAGAAAAGGCAGUAAAAUGCUUAAUUUAAAUUGCUCAAGAUUAGUCGCCAAAAUUCUUCACUAAUAAUUUCCUUCCAAUGGUCAGAUAGCUUGCUCAAUGGGAUAACUAUUCUUCAAGAAUAUCUGCUUGCAGUCUUCUUGGGGCUUGCUAUAGUUAAUUUAAUUAGACUGAGAAAAAAGAAAUACUCUAAUUUUUUUAGGAGUUAUGUAGAGACGAUACUCCUAUGGUAAGAAGAACAGCUGCAGAGAAUCUAGGAUAUAUUGCUGACUGCUAGAAGGGUGAUUUUAUUUACUCAGUUUUAGUGCCUUUAUGGCAAGAUUUAGUUUAAGACUAAACUGACUCAGUAAAAGUAAAGGCUAUUGAAGUAUCAAUUAAACUUAUGGAUAAACUUAAUAAAUAAGAAGUCUCAGACUAAUUUGUUAAGCCUCUUAAAGAUGUAUUAAACCUUAAAAAUAAGAGCUGGAGAAUAAGAUAUGCAGUUGCUGAAGUUUUGGGUGAUCUUGUUAAUCACUUAGAAAAGGAAGUUAGUAGAAAGGAAAUGGUAACUAUUUAUGAAACAUUAUUAAAGGAUAGCGAGCAUGAAGUUAGGUCAGUAGCUUUAAUUAAAUUAAAAGAUAUUUGUAAGUGCUUAACUGAAGGUGUAUUGGUUAAUAAUAUAUUGCCUAUUUUAAAUGGGUUAGUAUAAGAUACAAGUUAGCAUGUAAGAACCUCUCUUGGUGAAGUUCUCUGUUCUAUUUCUGUUAAUUUUGAAGUAAAAAAUGUAAUAAGUGGUAUCCUCCCUAUCAUAGAGAAUCUUUUAAAAGACGAUAUGCUUGAUGUUAGACUAAAUGUCAUGAAUAAUAUUGAACCUUUAAAUAAUCAUAUUGGUAAUGAUAAUGUCAAAAAGAGUGUUUUGCCUCUAUUUGAGUAAAUAUCAACAGAAAAGCAGUGGAGAUUCCGUCUGGCCUUUGUUGAAUUCCUACCAAAGCUCACACAAUAACUAGGAUUUGCAGAGUUUAAAGAUAAUUUAAUUGAGUAUAUGAAGUAGUUCUUCUUUGAUCAUUAUUCAGAAAUCCGUUAGUAAAACUUUAAAAAUUUUAUUACUCUAUCAAAAUAGCAUGGAUAUUAAAACAUAAAACCCAUCAUAGUAGAGGGUAUAAAUAAUUUAGCAAAAUCAAGUAAUUACAUAUUUAGGGUUUCUUCUCUUUAGGGUAUCUAAAUAAUAAGUGAAAUACUCCCUAAGUCUGAUCUUUAAAGUUUGUUUGAAGAUAUGUCUAGUAAACUAAUGAGCGAUCCUGUUCCUAACGUUAAAAUUAAUCUGCUUAAACUUUAUAUUUCUAUUUAAGAUAAAUUAGAUCCCUCUGUAAGAGUAAGUUUUAGUUCUAAUGCAAAAAGAUCUCUUGCACAAGAUACUGAUUCUGAUGUAUAAUAUUAUAUAACACAAAUCUGA